GAAAACACAAAAGAGAAUGGGCAAGAAUUACUUUCAAGUACUUGAUUCAUGUAAAUCGGGUAAUAGUUAUCGCAUCAAUUACGAUAUCAAAUCGCAUAAGUAAUAUAGCAUCUGCUUGAUUAUUCCACUCAUCCAGGUCAUUUGCCGUUUUCUAAUUUCCCUCAAUUACGAACUAAAAUCUUUUUGGUUACACUUUCCGUCAGUGCAUAAGUCUGGCAACACUAUAUUGAUAAGAAACGUGCUGUUCAGAAUUCAACAGCUGUUUGCUGAUCAAAAGUGACCAACUUUUGUACUUUGCUUUUUUUUUGGUUUCCGUAGUAAAUUCCAGAUUGUACUUGUCUCUUAAAAGAAAGUACCUGUUUGUUUCUUAUUAAUAUGUCUGUAAGUUUACGUUUCGUCACAAAGUCACUAUCUACGCUAUUGCCUCGCUGUAUGGGCGUGGGAGUACCUCACCAAACGAGGGGAGCCGCAUACUACCCAAUUAACGACAAGUUCUUUGGCCUGAAUGAGGAGCAACAAAAAUUGCGGGAGAUUGCAUUCAAUUUCUUCCAAAAAGAACUGGCUCCAUAUGCUAAAGAAAUCGACAAAAAUGACAAUUUCAAAGAUCUGCGGACAUUUUGGAAAAAGAUGGGAGAUCUAGGCUUUCUGGGUAUCACAGCUAAACCGGAUUUCGGAGGCACAGGUGGCACUUACCUGGAUCACUGCAUUAUCAUGGAAGAAAUCUCUCGUGCCGCAGGUGGCAUCGCCUUGUCCUACGGUGCACACUCGAACCUUUGCGUGAAUCAACUCACCAAAAAUGGCACAGUUGAACAGAAGGAAAAAUACCUGCCAAAGCUAUGCAAUGGAGAGCAUAUCGGAGGCUUGGCCAUGUCUGAGCCGGGCUCGGGUUCCGAUGUGGUAUCUAUGAAACUGCGUGCGGAGAAAAAAGGCGACUAUUACGUACUCAACGGUACCAAAUUUUGGAUCACCAAUGGUUCUGACGCCGACACCUUGAUAGUGUAUGCCAAGACUGACAGUGGUGUUGCCGAUAAGCAUGCUAUAACUGCGUUCAUUAUUGAGACAGCAUGGGAGGGCUUCAGUGUGGCGCAAAAGCUCGAUAAGCUGGGAAUGCGUGGCAGUAGCACGUGUGAAUUGGUGUUCCAGGAUCUAAAGGUGCCGGCCAAAAAUAUAUUGGGAAAUGAAAACAAAGGCGUAUACGUGCUGAUGUCCGGCUUGGACUAUGAGCGCCUGGUGCUGGCUGCCGGACCAGUGGGCCUUAUGCAAGCUGCUGUUGACAUCUCCUUCGACUAUGCCCAUCAACGCAAACAAAAGGGCCAACUUAUCGGCGAGUUUCAGCUGAUACAGGGCAAAAUGGCUGAUAUGUAUACCACAUUGAGCGCUUGCCGGUCGUACUUGUACGCUGUUGCGCAAUCCGCAGUCGCUGGUGAAAGUAGUCCAAAAGAUUGUGCUGGAGUUAUUUUAUACUGUGCCGAGAAGGCAACACAAGUGGCAUUGGAUGCCAUUCAAAUACUUGGUGGCAAUGGGUAUAUAAAUGAAUAUCCGACGGGACGAAUAUUGCGUGAUGCAAAAUUGUACGAAAUCGGUGCUGGUACCUCAGAGAUUCGUCGUUGGUUAAUCGGACGUCAAUUGAAUCAGGAAUAUAAGUAGACGACGAGAUGUAAUAAACGGCUGUGAUCUGUGCCUGUAGAGAGAAACGAUAUACACUAACGAACAGACUUUUUGCUGCAUUUAUUUUUAUUUUUUUUACACACGUACAUACAUACAUAUGGUUUAAAUGAUGAUAUUUUAAUAAAGGGCUCUUUGUAAUUGAUUUUUUCAGAAA